AUGGCCAGGCAUAGCUAUUCUUUCGAGGCUUUCUUCUCGAAGGAAGUGUUGAAGUAUGCUUACUCACUGUUUCCGGAAAGCACCGAUGAAGACGCCGACCUUGAGGAAAUCGGAAAAGCUCUCAGAAGGAAAUCCCAUAGUCGAAGACAGGCGUCCAAUGCAUGCACAGCUUCUGAUCUAGUGCAGAUCCCUAUCAGUCGGAAUGAAACAGUAACAUGGCUCUUGACGGUCGACCUCGGGAUGGAGAAGCCAGAAAGAGGCUUCAAAAUUGAGUCCUUUUCCAUGAGUUUUGGCAAGGACCGUAUUCCGUGA